CUGAGAUGUAAACAAGCUUUCAUAUUUUACUUCCUCUUCUAACUGCACGAGUCUCCAGUCAUCAGCAGGAUUGCUGUGCAAUAAGGCUCCUGUGAAAUCCUCAGGGCCAUACUUUUCCCUAUCAGCAUGAGUGACCAGUGGAAUAAUGGAGAUACAGGAUUGAUGAGCAGUGUGUUUGGUUUGAAGCACGUCAGAGACUCCCCUUGGGAUAACAAGCCUGAAAUCUUCCAUCCAGUCUCAAAUGAUUGCUCAGACACACUCAAGAUGCAGAGCAACGGAUCUUCAGAAAACUGUGCUGAUCCUAAUAUAACAUUUAAAAACUCUCUAUACGCAACCACUUACACCAUAAUAUUCAUUCCUGGUCUUCUGGCAAACAGUGCUGCAUUAUGGGUUUUAUGUCGCUUCAUCAGCAAGAAAAACAAAGCUGUCAUUUUUAUGAUUAAUUUGGCUGUAGCCGAUCUUGCUCAUGUUCUCUCGUUACCGCUACGAAUAUAUUAUUAUAUAAACCUCACAUGGCCUUUUGGAAGAUUCCUCUGCUUGUUAUGUUUCUACCUGAAGUAUCUCAACAUGUACGCAAGCAUUUGUUUCCUUACCUGCAUAAGUAUUCAAAGGUACUACUUCCUCCUCCAUCCAUUCAAAGCCAAAGACUGGAAGCGCAGGUAUGAUGCCACCAUUAGUGCUGUGGUAUGGAUUGUGGUUGGGGCUGCUUGCUCACCAUUUCCAGUUAUGAGAAACUCUGAUUUAACCAACAAUUCAAAUUUCUGCUUUGCAGAUCUUGGAGUCAGGAAAAUUGAAAGUAAGACAGCUUCUGUGAUUAUGGUCACGACAGCUGAGCUUUUAGGAUUUGUGGGCCCUCUAACUAUUAUUGUAUACUGUACCUGGAAAACAAAAGAGUCUCUUCAGAAUUACGAAAUGCCUUUGCAAAAUACCAGUGAAAAACGGAGAGCUUUACGCAUGGUUUCUAUGUGUGCAGCUGUGUUCUUUGUGUGUUUCACACCGUAUCACAUCAACUUCUUCUUCUACAUGAUGGUGAAAGAGAAUGUUAUUACACACUGCGCCAUACGCAGAAGCACUCUUUACUCUCAGCCCUUUUGCUUAAGCCUGGCAAGCCUGGACUGUUGUUUGGAUCCAAUCCUGUACUUCUUUACAACAGCAGAAUUUCAGGAUCAGUUAUCAAGACACAGCAGCACAAUCAUCAGGAGUCGCCUGAUGAGCAAGGAGAGUGCCUCGUCGAUUAAGGAAUAAAAACCAUGAGCAUUUUUUUUAACCUUACUACAUAUGAAAUCUUGGACUGCUCUAUAACUCUGUAGUCAAACAGGUAGAAUAGAAACACCUGCAGCGUUAUUUGAUGGGGUUUGUGAUGCUGAAAGUCUUUUGAAAUAUAGAAAACAAUGUUCAUUUAAAAUCCGCAGUCAAAUGUUAUGGGUGUUUGAGACUGGAGAACCCCUGACUGGAGUGAACUGGUGGAGUGCCUCACCUGGUCUACCUGAACUAGAAAAUGCUGUAGGGAGCAGUGCUGCCUUUGCAGGGAGAUGGCCUGAAUGUAGCUCUUUCCUAACUUGUGUGGUUCUAUCAUCAAGCCAAAGACACUCCAAACACUGAGGCCCAAUGUGACCUCCUCUCAGCAACUGCUCUUCUGCAACAGAAAUACAGCGCAACAUGGGAAAUAAUUAACAAACAAAACCAAGCACAGAGACACAAAGUGGAGCCGCCUCAGGGUUUGCAGCUUGAUUCAAUAUGGCGACCACAUUUCCAAAGUUACACAGCUGCCCUAUCUACACUGUGGUGUCUCUAGUGAAUCAGAAUCCUCUACUGCUAGGGCCUGCUGUUGGCACUAAGCAUAUUGUGUUAUUCACAACACAUUUCUAUCUCCAUUUCCCAUUUUCUUUCCAUCUUUUCUUGUUCUCUCCUUCCAUUUCUUUAUAUUCUUCUCUUCUUCCAUCUCAAACAUUUUCUCCUUAGUCACACAUAGGUGUCUGGGUAUCCUUCUCCUGCCCCUGCCCGCCCUCAGCAGCCUAUGCUACAACAGAGGUCAGGACUUGGUGACUAAGUUCUUCAGCGGACCUCCACAAACAGAGCGGCCUGUACAUCAAAGAGUGGGCUCUUCACCUGCUGCCAGCUGCCUCCCCCUCAGCUGCUCACAGUCGAAAUGUGCUAUAUGGUGCAGGACCUUCACAUCAGGACUGCAGGCCCCAUCAUUCCUUGGGGCACAUGGCCCUCUUCCAUUAAGUGCUUUGCAGUUCAUCCAUGCAGUAAAAGGAUUGAUUUAGUAAAUUCAACUAAGAAAUAAAUUAGCAGAAAGAGUUAUCUACUCACAAUCAUUCCACUGGUUGGGACGGGGUGGGAAAGAGAGGCCUAAUUAAUUGAGUAAAUUAUUAAUAAUUCCCUCAGUGCUAAUGGUGCCCUCAAUUUGUGUACCCCCAUAAAUACAUUAGCUAUUAAAACAUUCAAGCAAACUACAAAGUAUUAUUUCACAGAAUGCAGAAAUUAGCACACUAAAAAUGGGUCAAAUUCAUCCUAGAGUAACUCCACUGAUUUCAGUGGCCUUAUACCUGGGAUGGAUUUGGUCAGAUGUGUGUGUACUGAUUUAUCCACUUUGAAUGAAUUUUAAGACAAAAAUGGUCAUUAAGUAGCAGCAACAGCAUCUACAUCUUGCAAAAGUAAGCCUUAUAUGUAGCUAUCAACCACAAACAAAAGUAGCUGAAACACUUAAGUGUAACUACCUGAAUUUCAUUUGAUUACUUCUUGGUCCAUCCAAAAAUGCCUUUCCAUUUAGUGUCUCCCAGGUCUAAGGGGGUUGGGGCGGGGAAUAUCGCUUGGGUUUAAAUAAUGAUUACACUGGGUAUUAUCUUAAUGGCAAAUGAUUACAUUAUAUUGACAAUAAGCUAGGUAGCUCACCUACCAUUUUUUAAAGAUAAAUGUUAUAGUUUAUAUACAUGCAGCUGUUUUUUAAAGGAAUAUUUCAGUGUUCACACAUGUAACAAGGAAAUAUAUUUUAAUUAAAGGAAUUAUUCCUAGCUUCUUAGUGGCAAAGUUCAAUAAGUAACCAGUACAAUGCCCACUGAAAUCAAUGGAAAGACUCCCAUUGCCUUAACUAGACACUGUAUUUUGCCAAAGACAUACACACACACUUAACUUUAUGCAUUACAAGUACUCCAACUGAAACAAAA